AUGCUCAAAAUUGUGGGAAAAACGUCGGCGUAUGCGCGACUGGCUAUUGCUGUUCCCAAUGGGGCUGGUGCGGUACCACUAGCGACUACUGUGUCUGGCCAAUUCGCUCUUACUUUUGAUGAUGGUUCGACAGAGCUCACAACUACUUUGUUGGACACUCUCAAAUCAAAAGGGGCAAAGGCUACUUUCUUUGUAAACGGUCUCAAUUACAGAUGCAUCUAUGACAUGGCGGACAUCAUCAAGCGUAUCGUGGCCGAUGGUCAUCAGCUCGCUCAUCAUACUUGGUCGCACCCAGAUCUCACCACGUUAAGCGAUGCCCAGAUAAUUGACGAAAUGACAAAACUCGAGACGGCAUUCCGUAAGAUUGUCGGAAAAGUUCCGCGUUAUAUGCGUCCGCCCUAUGGUGCCUACGAUGACCGUGUUCGCGCCGUACUCGGGACGCUCGGUUAUAAAAUGGUUCUUUGGGAUAUCGAUAGCGGUGAUUCUUUGGGCUAUAGCGUAUCUCAAUCCGAACAGGUUUAUAUAGAUAACUCCAACUAUCCCGCGCCCCACUGUGCACUGAACCAUGACCCGCAUUCGACGACCGUCAACGACGUUGCGCCAUUUGCUAUUGACUUGUUGCAAGGCAAGGGAUAUACCUUGUCAACGUUCGGUCAAUGCGUUGGAGACACUACGGGGUGGUAUAAAGAGACAACGACUCCCGGUACUAGAGAUAAUACAUGGGUUUGUUAA